AGUAAAUCAGAGGUUUUCGAAUGUGUCGAACACCUGCGGGCUGCUGGUUUGUUUGGAUUUUAUUCUUGUGAAACACACUAAGUCAGUUUUGUGGUUUACGUUUGCGUGACAGAUAUCAGUCGAAGUGAAUGCGGGCGAAAUUGGGGCUUUGUAUCGAGGUAAUGAUUGCGUACAAAUGGCGUCGGUCUUAUUCAUUGUCCUGACAUUACUGUCGGUUGCAGCCACCAGAGACAAUGCCUUUUUGCAUAAAAGAUAUGGCUGUAAGUUGGCUCCCAACAUAAUAUGUACACCACCUGAACACUGUUUAGAUGAUGGUUUCGCGGGAAAUUGUGAAGUAUCACAUAAUAGUAUUUGGAAAGAUUUAACUGUGGCAGAUCAACUGCGAUUGCUGGAAGCUAUAAAGGAUCUCGAACUACAAGGAUAUGAUUACAAGGAUGUAGAAAAUGCAUUGAAAUUUUCAAGUCCUACUAAUCGUGCUAUUUCAAAAGACUCAACUUUCAGUCUUGAGGAUUAUCUUACCGCCCUACAAAUAUUACGUCAAGAUGAAUCAUUGCAGUUUGGGCAACCAAAUGGAAAUAAUAGAGAAAUCAAGUACAACUUGGAGCCAGAAAAUAACUAUAGGCAAGAAUAUCGUAGAUCACAACCUCAAAGUUUGUCAGGUGAUGCAGAGAUUCGAAAAAUGAAAGAAAAAGAACUUAUUGAAGAAGCACGACAGAUUCUCAGAAAAAGUGGAAUGACCUUCGAUGAUCUCACAAGUCAAGAAAUGAAAGGACUGGUGAAAAUAUUGGCCAAACAUUUAAUCAAAAAUUCUGAACAUAAUGAUAAUAACAAAAAUAAUAUCGUGGAAGGCGAUGAAAAAGUGCCGAAAAAUGAAAAUGUUGAACAUCAACAGCGUAUCCAAAAAAGCGAUAUUGUGUCUAAAUUCGAACCAGUCGCGUUUCCGGUGGAACCAAGUGACAGUGGGAUUAAUUCUGCUGUGAUCGCUUCUGAUAAAGAAACUGCUAAGACUGACACUGAAAUUGCUGAUUCAGAUCCUGCUCCGAUUCAUGAGGCUUCAACAAAUCAAAGACUAAAGAACAAAAAUAAAACUCUUUACAUUGUUAUUAUUGUUGUUGGAGCAACAGUUCUACUGAUUAUUAUUGUCACUAUUCUCAGCUGUGCUAUUCAUGCUUAUCGAACCAAGGGCAAACGUCAUAGAAAAUUCGUGGGUGCGACAGAUAAUGAUGAAUUAGGAGAUGAUUAUCAGGAGCUUUGUCGUCAACACUAUGCCACAAAAAAUUCAGAACGUACUGAAAAUGCUAAAGAAGUAAUGAAUGAUUUAUCAGGUGUACAAGAACCACUAACCACACGUUCUUAUCCAUUAACAAAACCAAAUGAAGGUGAAACUAAACCCAGCAUGCCUGUGCAUUCUAUUGGUCAUGGAGAAGCAACACGAAAUUCAAGUGUUUCUUCAUCGUCUUGGAGUGAGGAACCUGUCACAGCCAGUCUAGAUAUUUCUACGGGACAUGCAGUUCUUUCAUACAUGGAAGAUCAUCUUAAUAAUAAACAUCGUCUUGAUAAAGAAUGGGAAGAUAUAUGUGGAUAUGAAGCUGACAGCACAACAACAACAAUUGCCAUCACACCUCAAAACAGCAGAAAGAAUCGAUCUUUGGUUGCUUUACCUUAUGAUCACAACAGAAUUAAAUUAAAUUCCAAGAACAAUCAUUUACAGAGUGACUACAUUAAUGCCAGCUCUAUUAUUGACAAUGAUCCUAGAAGACCAUUGUACAUAGCUGGUCAAGGACCUUUGGCUUCUACAAUUCCUGACUUCUGGCAAAUGAUGUGGGAAAAUGGUUGUGUAGCAAUUGUGAUGUUGACCCCACUUGUCGAGGAAGGUGUCAAUCAAUGUGCUCGAUAUUGGCCUGAUGAAGGCUCAUGCACAUACCAUAAUUUUGAAAUUCAUUUGGUUUCGGAACACAUAUGGUGUGAAGAUUAUUUGGUUCGCAGUUUGUAUUUGAAACAUUUACCAAGCGGUGAAACAAGAACAGUGACUCAGUUCCAUUUCUUGUCAUGGCCAAAUGAUCGUGUACCAUCGACUGCUAAGCCUCUGUUGGAACUAAGAAGAAAAGUAACAAAAUGCUAUAAGGGACACAAUGCUCCAGUACUUGUACAUUGCAGUGAUGGAGUCGGACGAACAGGUACUUACAUUUUAUUAGAUCUGGUCAUUGAUAGAAUGUUGAAAGGUGCAAAAGAAAUUGAUAUAGCUGCAACAUUGGAACAUAUACGCGAUCAAAGAGUAGGGAUGGUUCAUACAAAAGAACAAUUUGAAUUUGCGUUGACUGCUGUGGCUGAAGAGGUAAAUGCCAUUUUGAAAGCAUUACUUCGCUGAUCAAAAUAUUUUAUAUGACCAGCUAUUUUUUAGGGUAUAGUUUAAUAUGUUGCACCGAGAGAGAUUUUUAGUUAUAUUUUUGAUCUUGUAAAAUAGCUCAAAACUUAUUAAGAUUAAAAGUUCAUUUAUUCCAUCCAUACACAUACUUUUGUUUAUACUUGUUUUUUAGUCUUUACUCUCUAUAUGUUAAUUAGAUUCAUUCCUUGUAUUUAAUGUAGUUUAAUGCACUCUUGAGUAUCUUGCACAAAUAUAUUUUAUAGUAGUUGAACUUUUUUUUAUAUUGCUAAAGUGUAGAAUUUUAUUAUAUACUGUAGUUAAUAGGAAUCAUAUUUAAUAAUUUAAUAUAUCCAAAUACAGCAGUAGUAGUACUAUUUCCUAAUGUCGAGGACAACUUCCCAUGGCAUUCUACCUAGUUAUUAUAAUUAUGUUCGAAGUCUAUUUCUUAUAUGCAUUUAAUUAAUAUAAAGAAAAUUUGAUACUAUGAUUUUUACAAGUUCCACUCUGCCCUAAAGCAUAAAACAUGUUCUCCCCGAGCUGACAUUUGAGUUACAAUAUGUGCAUUGUGCUGUUUCAAACUAAUUGAAGAUUAUGUACACAUCAUUCAUAUAUCUUUGAUUUUCAGAUAAGAUGAAUAAGAAGUCUAUAUAUAUAUAUUAUAUAUAUUAUUUUUGAAAAAUCUUAUACAUAUUUAAGAGCAAUAUGAGAUCCAAUAUUUCACAUUUUUACUUUCUCAGCAUUCUUUGAACUAUUUAAUGGAAAAAUUGACAAUAUCUAUCCAUGCUUAGAUAAUUAUUGUUUAACCUAAUUGGCAUUCCUGAUAUAUACAUUUUAUAUCUUGUCAAGUGCCAUGUUUCACUUUGGACAAUCUGUAGAACUUAUUCUAUGAUUAUCGAUACUAAGAUGCAGGUGUCAUUUCCUGUACACACCAUAGGUGCAUGGCAUCUAUUUGCCUGUAGCAUAUUUUCUUUUGUAAAUCUAAGCCAUUGAUCUUAUGUGCUUGUGUUUAGGUAGCAGUAAUCAAUUAUUUGUAUUCAUGCUACAUGGAAUAUGAUGUGUAAGUAUUUCACUUCAACCCUUUCAGUUUAUAUAUAUAUUUCUCAAUUAUGGGCCAAUCUCUUAUGAUUAUAUGUUUCUGAUUACUUCUUACACUGCUAAUGUGUUUUCAUUGUCCUGUCCUGAAAUGCACUGUAAAAAUGGCACCAGGCCAUGGUUACAAUUUGUUGAGUAGGUUUUCGUUCACUAGUAUGAGUUUGCCCAAUUGAACAAACUUUUCUCUUUCCCACCUUGAUAUAUUUUGUAAGUGAAAUUGGACACACUUUAUUACCAAUUUGAAAGAAUUACGGGUUUCCAGAGAUGGAAAGGUUUGUUUUGCUGUUUAGGUCAUAUUACCAAUCAUGCACACUCCGAAUAAGUUUGUUUGAUCACCAUCUAUUUCAGGAUUCUGUUAGUUUCAGUCAUAAUAUGUUGACUUGUGACGUUUGGCAUUGUAUUUUCAAUAAAAAAUUAUUCUGUUGACGCAGUUCACGUUCGACGUAUGAAUUAAUGAAUACCCUGUAAUGAAUGUCCCGCUGCUUAUUAUAGAAAUAAUUAUUUUCGAGGAAGAGCGCUACCGGUCGAAGGCGUAAUACUACGAUGAAGCUUGUUAUUAGCAUUUCUCGUGGCAUUUUCAUUCGCUUUGUAUGUAGGCGUCCUUUUCCGUUUUGAAUAUUGGCAAUUGUCUCUCUCCAUCCGGUCUAUUCUUCUUGAGUAUUUCAUUUCGCUAAGUUGAGACUUUUCGAGACAAUUUACAUCGUAAUUUAUUUCCUUUAACUAUGGCUUAUAAUAAUUCGGGCGAUAAUGUUGAAGAAUGAGUUGGUGCAAUAUUUUAUUUUUACCCAAAUUGAAUUAUUGUAUUCUACUAUAAAUAUUACAUAUGUGUGUAUAUCUGUGACGUAUCGUGAUAUCUCUUGUAUUCGUAAACGGACUGUUUUAAUAAAUGAAUUUCGCACAGUUGUGAAAUAUUA